CUUCCAAGUAUCAACUCUUGCUUUCCUCAUCUUCUUCUUCCUCUUUUCUCUCUCUCUCUUUCUUUCUUUCUCCAUAACUACAAAUAUACAACCCUAGUUUCCAGUGCUUUGCCCUUGGAUGGUGUUUUAGAGAUGGCCGUCGAGCUAAUUAGCUACGGAAAUGGCGGAUUCGGGGCGAAGCUGGAGGAGAGCGCCGCCCAGGAGGCUGCGAGCGCCGGCCUCCAGAGCGUGGAGAAGCUGAUUCGGAUGCUCUCUCACCAGACGCAGCAUCAGCAGUUUCAUGAAUCGUCUUCUCCGAGCAAGGCUCAGAAAAGUUUGUCUGACGGCGGGAUGGACUACAGUGCGGUUGCCGACACCGCCGUGAACAAGUUCAGGAAGUUCAUUUCGUUGCUGGACCGGACUCGAACCGGUCAUGCCCGGUUCAGAAGAGGCCCGGUGCGUCCGCCUCCAGUACCAAAGGCGGAUGAACCGGAGCGAAUGGUUAAACCGGCUAUUCAUCAGCCGGCGCAGGCGGAAGAUAACUCCGGUUCGGUUCCUAAGAUUUAUUGUCCGGUGCCGAUUCAGCGUCUGCCGCCGCUUCCUCACAACCACCAGCAGCUGGUCAAAAGUGGAUCCAUAAAAGAGUCUACCACGACUAUCAAUUUCGCUGCGUCUCCCCCCAUAUCGGCGGCGAAUUCGUUCAUGUCGUCGCUCACCGGCGACACCGACGGCUUCCAGCCGUCGAUGUCGUCGGGAUUCCAGAUCACCAAUCUAUCGCAAGUCUCGUCCGCUGGUCGGCCGCCGUUGUCCUCGUCGACAUUGAAGAGGAAGUGCAGCUCCAUGGGCGAUGCCGCUGUCAAGUGCGGCAGUUCCUCCGGCCGAUGCCAUUGCUCAAAGAAAAGGAAGUCGAGAGUAAAGAGAGUGGUUCGAGUGCCAGCGGUGAGCGCAAAAAUGGCCGACAUACCGCCGGACGAGUUUUCAUGGAGAAAAUACGGGCAAAAGCCGAUCAAAGGCUCUCCACAUCCAAGGGGAUAUUACAAGUGCAGCAGCGUGAGGGGCUGCCCGGCACGCAAACACGUGGAGAGAGCGCAAGACGAUUCGGCGAUGCUGAUCGUGACCUACGAGGGGGAACACAGCCACCCCUUCACCGUCACGGAGGGAACCCCAUCCCUUGUCCUCGAAUCAUCCUGACCGUGCAUCAGGCCGUCGGACAGUCCAGAUCGACAGGGAAGAAGGUUGCAUGUGGCGGAGGCGAAAGCGAAAGUAAAAGUGCAGUGCGGGUGCCAGUGGUCAACGCAACGGCGAGCCUUUGGCUCUGUCUCCGAGGAAAUUAGUGGGGGGAGGCGAAGACAAUCACAAGACGCUGCCGCCUGCUGCCCAAUUGUGGAAUUUUUCUUUCUUUCUUCCUUUCUUUCUUUUGUUUGUCUUCUUUUGUCGAUAGAAUGAAAAGAAAAGCGAAAAAGAAAAUGAGGGCUAGGUUGCGGGAUUUGGUGGAAAAAAGAAAAAAAAAAAAAAAAAGAAUGGUUGGUCUUAGUGGGUUUUUUUUUUUUUUUUCAUUUUCUCCAUUUUUGACUUGGUUGGUGGUUGGUUGGUUGGUUUUCCAAUUAAAUACCGAUCGAUGUAUUAUUCCCUCAGAAUCUACUUCUUCUAGAUCCCAAUUUCCACCACAACUAUAGAAUACAUUUUUAUCUCAAUUAUAUAUUUAAA